ACCCCCUGCCCAUAUAUAAAGCUCAAGCUAUCCCAAUAUAUACAGAUCUCACUCUCUCCCUCACUUCCCUUUUCAAACUAUGCCCAUGCCUACCCCUCAGCCACCACCACUCCUCCCCCUCCUCCUCCUCUUUGCCUUCCUCAUCCUCCUACUUCCCGCUCCCUCAGUCUCUGCUACCACCACAACCACAUCCAAUGCCACCACCACCACCACCACCCAACAAUUUAGGGAGGCCCCUCAAUUCUACAACUCCCCAGACUGCCCUUCCAUCACCUCCCUCCACCACGACGACGUGGACCCCGACGAAUCAGACGAUGACCACAUGAUGAUCUGCUCCUAUCAAGCCGUCCAUGUGGCAAUGACACUAGACACCGCCUACAUCCGCGGCUCCAUGGCCGCCAUCCUCUCCGUCCUCCAACACUCCUCCUGCCCCCAGAACGCCGUCUUCCACUUCGUUGCUUCAGCCACCGCCAACGCCUCCCUACUCCGCGAUACAAUCUCCUCCUCCUUCCCUUACCUGAAAUUCCGAAUCUACCCCUUCGACGACUCACACGUCUCCGGCCUCAUCUCCAUCUCCAUCCGCUCCGCCCUAGACUGUCCCCUCAACUACGCCCGCAGCUACCUCGCCGACCUCCUCCCCCUCUGCGUACGACGCGUCGUCUACCUCGACUCCGACCUCAUCCUAGUCGACGACAUUGCUAAGCUCGCCGCCACCCCCCUCGGCCCCUCUUCCGUCCUCGCCGCCCCUGAGUACUGCAACGCCAACUUCACUACCUAUUUUACCCCUGCCUUCUGGUCCAACCCCUCCCUCUCCCUCACCUUCGCCGACCGCAAGGCCUGCUACUUCAACACCGGCGUUAUGGUCAUCGACCUCGACCGCUGGAGAGGCGGCGACUACACCACGAAGAUCGAGGAGUGGAUGGAGUUGCAGAAGCGGAUGAGAAUCUACGAGCUCGGCUCGCUACCACCGUUUCUUCUGGUGUUCGCCGGGAACAUAGCGCCGGUGGAGCAUAGGUGGAACCAGCACGGGCUGGGAGGUGACAACUUCAGAGGGCUUUGCAGAGAUCUGCAUCCUGGUUCGGUGAGUUUGUUGCAUUGGAGCGGGAAGGGGAAGCCAUGGGCGAGGCUCGAGGCCAACAGGCCUUGCCCUCUGGAUGCUCUCUGGGCUCCUUAUGAUCUCUUGGAAACGCCAUUUGUUUUGGAUUCAUAAAAGUGUGGAACAAAACGGUGCGUUAUGGGUUUGAGAUGUGAAGCCGCCGCAGACUGUGAAUUGUGCGUCGUUGUUGGAUGAUGAGCUCGCUCGCUCGUAAUGAUCAGUCUUCGCUUGGAAAUUCGAUUGAAGAAGGGCGGUGGAAGGAAACAUAAUUGAAUUGUAUGUAGAUGAUGAUACAGGUACAUCUGGAAAAUAUGUAUAAAAAAAAAAGACAGAUGAUAUAUACUCAAAAAGUAAUAAAAAUGAAAUAAGUCAUGAAUUUUGUCACCAA